AUAGCAAAACAUCCAUUUACCAGGAUACACUUUUUCUUUGGCUGUAUGCUAGUAAAUACACAUCAUUUACUUUGACUUAUAUUACUUAAAAUAUCUGUUUUUUCUCAACUUAGUAGGCCACUAAGACCACAUCACUUGUUCAAGGAUGUUAAAAAAAAAUAUGCACAGAUUUAUUUAUAGUACUUUGCCAUCUAAUGUGUGUCGGGCACAUCGUUUUUAAUAGUGUAGCAUUGUAGCAGUGUGGCUACUUAGAACUUUAUACUUUAAGUGAAGUGUGUCGUUGUCCCAGAGUGUUGUAGUUUGAAAAGACAAAGCGGCUAGUGUUUUGGUGCAGACACGGGUGUGUGGAUUGGGAGUUCAUUCAGGGAAAUUCAAUCGUUCUUGGAGUAAAAUGAGAAGGUUCAUAUUCUGUUUCGUGUUUGGAUUAUACCUGGACUUUGGCUGUUUACAAGAACAAGACAAAGUCUGCGAUGUUGGAGAUUUCUGCGAGUAUAAGUGUCAGUGCAAAAGACAAUGUCAAGAUAAUCUCAAGUGUGCAGACAACGAUAAAUGUAAACGUGGAUGGUUUGGUUACAGAUGUCAAUAUCAAGAUUUGGCUGUGUUUAAUGCAACACUUACUACCGAACCACCAAGUCGAAAUGUUAGCUGGUUGACCGAUCAAAACGACAACACGUGUAAUACAGAAACAGACUUGAAGUCCAUAACAGUGACUUGGCGAGACAAAAGAGCCAUUCCU